ACACGCAUCAGUACCUGAUAUUUGAUCCCAAUCUCAUGAAGGUGUCUCAAGAAACGCAGCUCCUGUUUCCGUGCGCAGCUUGGGGUACGGCCCUUAGUCAAAGCCUUCAGGAUUUUGGAUUAACCUUUUGUGGAGAAUGGUCCGUAGCCGCUGACGAUUGUGCUUUGUAUCUUAACGGCGUCGGUGGUAAAUCGGCUUACGAUGGAUCGUGUGCGAACUGUACGUGUGUGGGAGCAAACGAUUGGGAGAAUUGGACACCUCAAAAGAAGGCUUUCCUCAGGCAAUUUACUGAAGUACAGAUGGACGCUCUUGAAAUGGGCAACGGUUGGUUUUUCUGGACAUGGAAGACUGAGAACAAUAUAAAUCCGGUGUGGGACUAUCAACUUGGAUUG